AUGGACUUCCUACCACCAUCACCAACCACUGCCACCACCAACGUUGGUGGUUCUGCAGUUGAGCCACCUAUUGGUGUCUACCAACCAUCGCCACUAAUGGGAUUCGCGUACGGCAAAUGUAACAAGAAUUAUGCCGCUAGCAAAGGUAAGCAUGUUCUUGACGGAUGUGGAGAAUUUAUGCCCUCAUUCACAUCCGCUUCACGUUAUAUAUACUGCAAUGCUUGUGGUUGUCAUCGCAGCUUCCAUCAUCAAACUAAACACCACUACCCACCAUACAAUCAUGUCAUCCAGUACCCAUUCCUACCGCAUUACCUCCAUCGCCCACAGACCUCCGACAUGCCAAGGAGCAACAACACUCCAAGUUCACCACCACUAUCUCCAUCACCAAUUUCAUCCUACUACCCACCUACAAGCUUACACCCACAACCCAUAAUAAAUAAUCGGAGGACUAAAAGAGUCCGAUCAAAGUUUUCGGACAAUCAAAAGAAAGAAAUGCUAUCAUUUGCUGAAAAAAUAGGAUGGAAGUUGCUAAAGAAAGAUGAAGAGAUGGUUUUAGAAUUUUGCAUGGCCAUCGGGGUCACUAAACAGGUUUUUAGGGUAUGGAUGAACAACCACAGGAACCUGCGUCGUGUUAAUUAA